AUACAGUGAGCUGAGAAUAACCUCCGAUUCUGAGUUAGAGGAUGUGCUUCCUGAAGAAGAUGAUGAUAAAAGUUUAAUAUAUGAAAAAAGUUGAUGUGCAAAAGCCCCAUGACGUGACAUCGCUUGCUUGUGAUGCUAAUUUUCAUGGAUUGAGUGAGUUGAAUUGGCUGCCCCGGCCAGAUAAUCCGAUUGCCAACCCUUCUACAUGGGCCGAACUUAUUUCACUGGAUGAUGCAUCAUCCCCUGCAUCCAAUGUCUUGGGACUUUAUUGCGCGAAUUCAAUGGAGAAAAGUGAGCUUACAGAUUCUCUCAAUCAGGAGUCCCCUCUCUCUUGCUCGCCCGAGUUCAUCACAUUACAUCACGACCCACAAAUUGUGGGAAAGUUGGCAACAUCUGAGGAAACAAGAACAGAUAGUAUGGAAAUUGCAUCUCUCAAUCAUUCAGAAUUGAUAAGCACAAAAGUAGAAAUGUUUCGUGAUAGUGACAGUGAGUCCUCUAAGAGUGAUGAGAAACAUGCAAAUCAUAAGAGUGAUAGUGAGUCCUCUGAUAGGGAUAAUAAAAAUACAAAUCAUGACAGUGAUAGUGAGUCCUCUGAUAGUGAUAAGAAAAAUACAGAUCAUAACAGUGAUAGUGAGUCCUCUGAAAGUAACGAGGAACAUGAAGUCAAUUUUAAUGCAAAACAAUCUUUCGAGAAGGAAACUGAUAUAGUUACUAAUGAUUUGAAGCAGUGUCCAUUAAUCAGCACAACCGUUGAAGAAUGUCCUAAAACUAACGAGGGGGUUUAUGAGUAUGCUAUUAAGAACACUAAUGAUGAUAUGGACCAUGACAACAUUAGCGAGUCCUCCGAGAAUGGUAAUGAAUAUGAAAUCUUUAAUUUUGCUACAAGACAGUCUUUAGAGAAGGAAACUGAUAUAGUUACUCAGGUGACCUAUGAAUCUGCUAUUAAGAACACUAAUGAUGAUAUGAACCAUAGUAAUGUUGAUGAGUCCUUUGAGAGUGAUAAGCAACAAGACGUCUUGAAUUGUGAUACAGGACAACCAUUGGAGACGGGUCCUGAUAUAGUUAGUACUGAUAUGGAGCAAUUUUCAAUGCAGAACAGUCUUGUUGGGCUUGUUAACCAAUCAUCCUCAGAUGAUGAAGGCCACAAUUUUAACAUUUCUGACGAUGAUUUAGAGAAAGAAUCUUCCGGUGAAUUCAAUAUAAUUCGGGCAUUGGAUCGGUCGGCAUCGAUGGAAUCUGUUGAAUCACUAGAUGGAAGCAAUGUAAGUGAAAUUGAAGGUGAAAAUAUGGUGGAUAAGUUAAAGCGACAAGUUGAAUAUGAUAAGAAAUGCAUGAAUUCUUUGUAUAAAGAGUUGGAAGAAGAACGAAAUGCUUGGGAGGUUGCUGCAAGUCAAGCGAUGGCCAUGAUUACGAGGUUGCAAGAGGAGAAGGCUGCAAUGAAGAUGGAUUCUCUUCAUUACUUGAGAAUGAUGGAAGAGCAAGCAGAGUACGACGUAGAAGCUCUAGAAAAAGCAAACGAACUCCUGAAUGAAAGGGAGAGAGAAAUCCAAGAAUUAGAAACAGAGCUCGAAUACUACAGAUCUAAUUACUUGAUGACACAAUAGUCGAGUCUGAACAUGAACAAAGUGAUGGAGCAAA